CACCACAGCCAGUAAGGCCCCCCUCUCUCUUCUCCUCCCUCCCUCUCCCCCCCUCCUGGUCCUGGGUGCUGGCCCCCCUCCCCCUCCAAGCUUCAAGGAAACAUCCCAGCGCUUCCUUCUUCCUAGUGAGAGGAGACUAAACGCGAUUAGGAGCAGCGAAUCAUAUACUAGUAGCCAGUCUAGUUAGAGUUUUGGAUCUGAGUGAGCAAUGGGGGAGGAGCAGGCGGCGCCAAAGCCGGCGGAGGCCGCGGCCGCGGCGUUGGAGCUGACGGGGUUCGUCAUGAGCGCGGAGGAUGCCGAGCGCCGCGCCGCUGCCGCCGGAGUGGCGACCGUGCAGGACCUGCUGCCGCUUCUGAUCCCGUCCGCGAGGAAGCGCGCGCAAGUCCCGAUCUCGGACUUCCAAGUGGGCGCCGUGGGGCUGGGCGCCAGCGGCCGCGUCUACGUCGGCGUCAACCUCGAGUUCCGCGGCGUCCCGCUGUGCCACUCCGUCCACGCGGAGCAGUUCCUCGUGGCCAACGCCGCCGCCGCGGGGGAGUCCGCGCUGCGCGCCGUCGCCGUCUCCCACAUGCCCUGCGGCCACUGCCGCCAGUUCCUCCAGGAGAUCCGCGGCGCGGCGGGCAUCCAGAUCCUCGUGACCAGCGACGCCGAGCAGGGCCGCGCGCCCGAGUGGCGCACGGUGGCGUCCCUCCUCCUCCGUCCCUUUGGGCCCCACGAUCUUCUCGACGAGAAUGUGCCCCUCGUCCUCGAGGCGCACGACAACGCCCUGGGCGAUCCCGUCGUCGCCGCGGCCGCCAAUGGCUUCGCCCCCGGCGACCUGGACGCGCGCCUCAGGGACGCCGCGGAGGCGGCCGCGCGGGCGGCGCACGCGCCGUACAGCCAGUGUCCGUCGGGCUUCGCGGUGGCAGACGGUGACGGGAGGAUCUACGCCGGGGGCUGCCUGGAGUCCGCCGCCUACAACCCGACGCUGGGCCCCGUCCAGGCGGCCAUCAUCGCGAUGGUGGCAGCCGGAGGCGGACCCGCCGGGGACGUGGUCGCGGCGGCGCUCGUGGAGAAGGAGCAGGCGGCGGUGGCGCAGGAGGCGACGGCCAGGAUCUUCCUUGAUGCCAUGGCCCCACACGCCAGCUUCCACGUCUACAAGUACAGGCCGUCCGAUGCUUGAUGAGCUUCUGUGGCGGUGGGAUGGGCACGAACUUGAUCGUGAUAAUGUUCAUAAAAAAAUAAUUUAAGAAUAAGAUGAGAAAAUCCUGUGCAGUUGCCAGCAGGACUGUGAUGUGGGGCCUACUUGUCAGCGUGAUUAUUGUUCUUCUAUUGCCACUUGUGUUCACUCUACUGUACUUAUUCAGAUUGUUAUCUGAUUUAAUGGUUGGCCUGAUUGGCCACAUUUGACAGAGAGGAACA